CUGGGCAGCGGCCGGGCUCUGUGGCUUCAGGGCUCGGAGAGAGAGAGGGAGGGUGGCAAAGAGAGUGAGUCGGUGCCGCCGCCUGCCUAAGGAGAGAGGAGGGGUCCUGCUUGCCUGCGCCCUUCGCGGGCCGAGAGCGCGAGGCACCCGCGAACCUCUGAGGCCUCCAGCCCCUGGGGACCCCGCCCCGCCGGCCGGCCGGCCCGGGGCCUCUCUUCCCUUUGUGAGCGCCCCCUUCCCAGGGGUGGUGGUGGCUGAGGGCUGUGCGUGGGCCCGCCCGCCGAGGGGCGGCGGCGGGGGACCGAGAGGGCCUCGGCUGUGUGAGGACGGGAGGCGGCCGAGGCCCGGGCCGGUUCCCCGAGGCGGCGGCGGCGGCUCCCGGCACUUCCCCGCGCCAUCUUAGCUGAGUCCAAGCGCUGAGGGCGCCUCCUCGACCCCGGUCGUCCCUUCGCCCCCCCCCCCCCAACCCGCCGCCCCUUGUCGCAGAGCUUGGGCUGGGCGGCUUGCUGGGGCUCCGGGGGGGGGGCGGCGGUCUGUCGCCUGGCCCCCUCCUCCUCCUCACUCCUCGCCCUCCAGUGUAGCGGCUACUCAAGCGCUGCAGGGGGCUGCAGCUGCCUACUCCGCCCCAGACCUGUCGGCGAAAGGGUAUGAUGAGACCAACAGUUCAGAAGAUGACUGCAUUGAAAAGAUAGUUUGUUUCAGUUCCCGAGAGGAGGUGGGACACCAAGCCAUCUAGGGCCACACAGGGAAGCACCAGUUUAUGCCAGCGUGGCUUCAUUCAUACAGAUGAACCAAGGAUUGGGAUAGCAAUAUAAAAUUAGAAUCAGACAGCUGAUUGCCCAGCAGGAUGCCAUCAACUAACCGUGCGGGCAGCCUGAAGGACCCUGAAAUUGCAGAGCUCUUCUUCAAAGAAGAUCCAGAGAAGCUCUUCACAGAUCUCAGAGAAAUUGGCCAUGGAAGCUUUGGAGCAGUGUAUUUUGCACGAGAUGUGCGCACCAAUGAAGUGGUGGCUAUCAAGAAAAUGUCUUAUAGUGGAAAGCAGUCCACUGAGAAAUGGCAGGAUAUUAUUAAGGAAGUCAAGUUUCUACAAAGAAUAAAACAUCCCAACAGUAUAGAAUACAAAGGCUGCUAUUUACGUGAGCACACAGCAUGGCUUGUAAUGGAAUAUUGUUUAGGAUCUGCUUCAGAUUUACUAGAAGUUCACAAAAAGCCAUUACAAGAAGUGGAAAUAGCAGCGAUUACACAUGGUGCUCUCCAGGGAUUAGCCUACUUACAUUCUCAUACCAUGAUCCAUAGAGAUAUCAAAGCAGGAAAUAUCCUUCUGACAGAGCCAGGCCAGGUGAAACUUGCUGACUUUGGAUCCGCUUCCAUGGCAUCUCCUGCCAAUUCUUUUGUGGGAACGCCAUAUUGGAUGGCCCCAGAAGUAAUUUUAGCCAUGGAUGAAGGACAGUAUGAUGGAAAAGUAGAUGUAUGGUCUCUUGGUAUAACGUGUAUUGAACUAGCGGAAAGGAAGCCUCCUUUAUUUAAUAUGAAUGCAAUGAGUGCCUUAUAUCACAUAGCCCAAAAUGAAUCCCCUACACUACAGUCUAAUGAAUGGUCUGAUUAUUUUCGCAACUUUGUAGAUUCUUGCCUCCAGAAAAUUCCUCAAGAUCGCCCUACAUCAGAGGAACUUUUAAAGCACAUGUUUGUUCUUCGGGAGCGCCCUGAAACAGUGUUAAUAGAUCUUAUUCAGAGGACAAAGGAUGCAGUAAGGGAGCUGGACAAUCUGCAGUAUCGAAAGAUGAAGAAACUCCUUUUCCAGGAGGCACAUAAUGGACCAGCAGUAGAAGCACAGGAAGAAGAAGAGGAACAAGAUCAUGGUGUUGGACGGACAGGAACAGUGAAUAGUGUUGGAAGUAAUCAGUCUAUUCCCAGUAUGUCCAUCAGUGCCAGUAGCCAAAGCAGUAGUGUUAACAGUCUUCCAGAUGCCUCGGAUGACAAGAGUGAGCUAGACAUGAUGGAGGGAGACCACACAGUGAUGUCUAAUAGUUCUGUCAUCCAUUUAAAACCUGAGGAAGAAAAUUACAGAGAAGAGGGAGAUCCUAGAACAAGGGCAUCAGAUCCACAAUCUCCACCCCAAGUAUCUCGUCAUAAAUCACACUACCGUAAUCGAGAACACUUUGCUACUAUACGGACGGCAUCACUGGUUACAAGGCAAAUGCAAGAACAUGAGCAGGACUCUGAGCUUAGAGAACAAAUGUCUGGCUACAAGAGAAUGAGGCGGCAACAUCAAAAGCAGCUGAUGACUCUGGAAAAUAAGUUAAAGGCUGAGAUGGAUGAACAUCGCCUCAGAUUAGACAAAGAUCUUGAAACACAACGUAACAAUUUUGCUGCAGAAAUGGAGAAACUUAUCAAGAAACAUCAGGCUGCCAUGGAAAAAGAGGCUAAAGUGAUGGCCAAUGAAGAGAAAAAAUUUCAGCAACAUAUUCAGGCCCAACAGAAGAAAGAACUAAACAGCUUUUUGGAGUCCCAGAAAAGAGAAUAUAAACUUCGAAAAGAACAGCUUAAGGAGGAGCUGAAUGAAAAUCAGAGCACCCCCAAAAAAGAAAAACAGGAGUGGCUUUCAAAGCAGAAGGAGAAUAUACAGCAUUUCCAAGCAGAAGAAGAGGCUAAUCUUCUACGGCGUCAGAGACAAUACCUAGAGCUGGAAUGCCGUCGCUUCAAGAGAAGAAUGUUACUUGGGCGCCAUAACUUAGAACAGGACCUUGUCAGGGAGGAGUUAAAUAAAAGACAGACUCAAAAGGACUUAGAGCACGCCAUGCUGCUGCGACAGCAUGAGUCCAUGCAAGAACUGGAGUUCCGCCACCUCAACACAAUUCAGAAGAUGCGCUGUGAGUUGAUCAGAUUGCAGCAUCAAACUGAGCUCACUAACCAGCUGGAAUAUAAUAAACGAAGAGAACGAGAACUAAGGCGAAAGCAUGUCAUGGAGGUUCGACAACAGCCUAAGAGUCUGAAGUCUAAAGAACUCCAAAUAAAAAAGCAGUUUCAGGACACCUGCAAAAUCCAGACCAGACAGUACAAAGCAUUAAGAAAUCACCUACUGGAGACUACACCAAAGAGUGAGCACAAAGCUGUUCUGAAACGGCUCAAGGAGGAGCAGACCCGGAAGUUAGCCAUCUUGGCUGAACAGUAUGACCACAGCAUUAAUGAAAUGCUGUCCACCCAAGCUCUGCGUUUGGAUGAAGCACAGGAAGCAGAGUGCCAGGUUUUAAAGAUGCAGCUGCAGCAGGAACUGGAGCUGUUAAAUGCAUAUCAGAGCAAAAUCAAGAUGCAAGCUGAGGCACAACAUGAUCGAGAGCUUCGGGAACUUGAACAGAGGGUCUCCCUCCGCAGGGCGCUCUUAGAACAAAAGAUUGAAGAAGAAAUGUUGGCUUUGCAGAAUGAACGCACAGAACGAAUACGAAGCCUGCUGGAGCGUCAAGCCAGAGAAAUUGAAGCCUUUGACUCUGAAAGCAUGAGACUAGGUUUUAGUAACAUGGUCCUUUCUAAUCUCUCCCCUGAGGCAUUCAGCCACAGCUACCCGGGAGCUUCUGGUUGGUCUCACAAUCCUACUGGGGGUCCAGGACCUCACUGGGGUCAUCCCAUGGGUGGCCCACCACAGGCUUGGGGCCAUCCAAUGCAAGGUGGACCCCAGCCGUGGGGUCACCCCUCAGGGCCAAUGCAAGGGGUACCUCGAGGUAGCAGUAUGGGAGUCCGCAAUAGCCCUCAGGCUCUAAGGCGGACAGCUUCUGGGGGACGGACGGAGCAGGGCAUGAGCAGAAGCACGAGUGUCACUUCACAAAUAUCCAAUGGGUCACACAUGUCUUAUACAUAACUUAAUAAUUGAGAGUGGCAAUUCCGCUGGAGCUGUCUGCCAAAAGAAACUGCCUACAGACAUCGUCACAGCAGCCUCCUCACUUGGGUACUACAGUGUGGAAGCUGAGUGCAUAUGGUAUAUUUUAUUCAUUUUUGUAAAGCGUUCUGUUUUGUGUUUACUAAUUGAGAUGUCAUAGUAUUUGGCUGCCGGGUUUUGUUUUUUUGUUUUUGUUUUUUAACUUUUGGAGAAAUUUUGAAAAGGGGAAUUGAUAUGUAUGUGUGUAUACAUAUACCUACACACACACACACAUACACACACACACACACACACACACACACACACAUAUAUAUAUAUAUCUCAAGCAUGUGGUUACAAGAAAUUGGCUAGUUAGGGGGUAUUUUCUGAACACUGCAAAAAUAGAAUGCAGCAGUGUGUCUUGAGUCAUCACUUUGGGGCAGUUAUAUCCUAAGAAGGUUGUGAAAAAAUCUAAAGCCUUUCUCCAUACCCCAAAUUCUUAUAAGCCACUCACAGCAGGCAGCAUAUGCUGAAACAAGUUAUUAUGGAAACACAUCUGUGUCCCCUCACCAAUGUAUUUUCUUUAUUAAAUUGGUCUGACUUCUCAGCCUCAUUUGGAGUGAAAAAGAACGUGGAAAUCCAUGAACACUAAAGGGUUCCAUUGACUUUUUCAGAGAGUAGAAAACAAUUUAGUUCUUUUUCUGAAUGCUGCAUAGAUUUGUCAGUGAUUUUUUUUUUUUUUUUUUUUUUUUGUCCAUUCAAUUGUGCCUUUUUUGUGGCAUGGUGAGAUGGAGGUGUAAGGAGAUCACAAGUUGUGUGGGAAUUGCAUCAACAAACCUGUGAGCCUUUAAAGGGGAAGACCAGAAGGGUGAGAGAGGCCCCUGAAAGUUCAUAUGGUGGGUAUGUUCAGCAGCAUAGUGAGGAGAUUAAGCCUCUAUAUCCUGACGUUUUGUUGCUUAUACUGUGAUAUCUCAUCCUAGCUAAGCUCUAUAACUCCCAAGACCCCAAACAGUACUUUUACUUUGUACAAAAACAAAGACAUAUAGCCAAUACAAAUCAAAUGCCAGAGGGUUUUGAAUGAUGCCAUAUUUGCAAACUGCCAUCUAUUGGAAUUCUCACCACACUACAUAGACAUAAUUUGAUUACCCCUUUUGGCUUAUGGGAUUUCCUGUUUACAAGUAGAAUAGCCAGUUAUUUAAAUGCUUAGUUGCCAUAGUGAACCAGGAGUCACUGAGCCAAUGACUUUACCAGCUGCUGACUAAUGCUCAUCACCACUGUAGAUUUUGCUGCAUGUGCAGGUCCUCUUUUUUUUUUUUUUUUUUUUUAAAUUGCUGUUUUUGUUGCUGCAAUACUUUACAAACUUCUAGUUCCUUGAGACUUAGUGACCAUUUGGCAUCAUGUUAACAUCACACAACAGGAAACACCACUUCCAGAAGUCUCUAGCCUCAGUGCUAAAGUACUACUGAAAAGGAACUAGCAAGUUUGGCAAAUUAAAGAAAAAAAAAGUAAAGUAAGUUAUAGUGGUCAGGGAAUCUCUUGACAAACGCUAACUUUUUUUUUUCCCACAGAGGGGCGUGUUUUGUUUUGUUUUGUUCUGUUCUGUUCUGUUUAGUUUUGCAAUGAAGGAUCAACCCAAUGCUGAAAGUUAGAUGUUACUUGGUAUUCCACUGCUAGUGUGGAAAUUGAGUCGAAGGUGGGUAGGAAGCUGUGAGUAUGACUUGAAGGAAAAAAACUUUCUUUUCAGUGAUAAAUCAGAGUUUCUUACAAGUUGUCUUGACCCCUCCCUUGUCUUGAAGAACCCUUGCUGCUGACUCUGGAUCCUGCUUUUCGUAAUAGAGGACUCCAAGGUAGAAUUUUCUGAGUCCCUCUCAAUGAUACUCUUCACCUAGACCAGGCUGAUGACCAAGCAGUAAUCUAUAAUUGUUGAAAUAUUGGCUUUCUCAACAAAAUUUAAGUCUUCCCCAGGUAUGUCAGUCUAAUCUCUAUGAAUCCUCCCCUUUAGGAGUUUCUGGCAUUCAUUUAAAGGUAACUAGAAGAAAAAUUAAUAUUUUACUGUAAAUCUUUUAAAAACCAAGAUCACAGUAGAAUUCACACACAGUUUUAGGCAGUGUUUCAGGUAGCACUCCGGUACAUUGUCCUCUUGGCCAUGCUUGAGAUCACCAGUUUUUAGGUGAACGUGACAUGUACUUCUUGUCUGUCUAAUGAAAGGAGCUUUUAAUUUUCUAUCAUUUUGCAUUCACCUAUUAUACAGUAUUUCAAACAAAUUGAGAUAUUUACCUAUUUGGAGGAAAAUGAUAGGAGAGAACUUUAGAAUUAAUGUCCAAAAAUAUAAUGAAUUUGAUACCUUUAAAAAAACUUCUUAUUAGAUCUGGCCCCUCUGUACUACUGGAGGGGUGGAAUAGGAGUACAGCUCAGUUUUACAUACAAAACUCUUUAAAAUAAAAAAUACUACCAAUAAUACAUGUUAAAGUCCACUUGUGGACUUAAAUUAGUCAGAUUGAGUUAUUGAGUUCAUGCAGAUCCUAUGUACUUGUAAAAUUGUGAUUGAAUACUGACUCCAGAUGUCUAUCCAGUAGGUCUUUGUAUCUGAUUUAAUUGUGUGGCAACCAGUUUUACAUGUAGGUCAUGACUAUACCUGGAUUAUUCCAUUAAGUUCAUUUUAAUUAAAAUAUAUAUAGUUUGCAAAAAUGGUUCAACUUAAUUGAUUUGUGUGUGUUUGCAAGAUCUAACUUCUGAGGAAUAUCAUACAUGGUAGGAAUUAUCAAAGAGUAAAGCUUGUAGCAGGAAAAUUUGAAAGGUUUUGAGAGAUUCUGAAGAAAGAAGCAGGCACUUUCUGAAUCAGUGUACAGACGUCAACAUUUGAUCAAAUUACUACUACCUCUUCCCCAUUGUUGGUGUUCACUUGAUAUAUAUGUGUUUAAGAAAAUAAAAAGUAUGCGAUAUUUGUCCAGCAUAUCAGAAAGUCGUAAACGCUAUGUCUGGUAUCCAGAGCUUGGCAGUAAAAGUUUCCUGUGUUCACUGUCUCUCCCUUUUUUAAGUUAGCAUUAGAAAUAUGCAAAACCUCAUACCUUGAAAUAUAUUGUUCCUAAUGGGGUUCCCUUCCUUUUGCACAUAUUUUUCCCCUUGUUAAAGUCAGCUCUAACCCCGAAUUAAAGUAUCUGAAAGUAUUUUCAUUAUAUAGAUAAAGUUAGUUGGAAAAUACGUUUUUAUUAGUCUUAUUGAGAGCUGCCAUUCUUUUUAGUCAUUUCUGUGCCUAGAGAUGAGUAGUCCUGCAUUUGAAGCCACACCCACAGAUAUAAUAUGCUUGGUACUCUAGGCCAAGGAUUUAUUAUUGGUAAGUUGAACUUUUUAGCAUAGUCAUGAUUUUCAGCUGCCAAGACAUCAGGUAAACACCAUUCAGUACACUAAAGAAACUGUCCUUGACUCUCUCCCACUCCCACCUAUUUUUCCUCACCCCCUUUUCAAAAAUUGAAAACGCUAUGAGUGUCUUUUUCAGACCAUAAGGCAGACUUUAGUAGCUUUCUACUGCUUUAACUAAAUGUCUGGCAUUUUAAACUUUUAUAGAAUACAUUGUGUUGGACACUGGAAUAAUACUGUUUAUUUUCACCUGUGAAAAAUGACUUUAUUGUACUUGAAACACCUCCUUUGCAUUUCUCCAUUUGUGCCAUUCACUAGUGGAAAUAAAUUGUAUUAUACCAUAAUCUACUGGCUUUUAAAAACUGU